UGGCGUCGCGUGCGGGUCAUAGUAGGCCACUGAACGUCACCGCGUGCUGUGCGCCCCCCGCGUGCCAGUCGCGUGCUCAUUCGCCAGACGGAGCCACACCGAAACCUGAAAAUUUGCUAAUAUGGCGGCGGAAGACAAAUAUUCAGAGAGCGACUCUGGCGAGCCUGGGCCAGCUGAACAGGUGCCAUCAUGCCCAGAUCCACCACUUGAAAUGAUAAAGCACCCGCUUCAGCAUCGGUGGAGCUUGUGGUUCUACAAAAAUGACAAGAAUCGUAGCUGGGAGGAGAACCUCCUAGAAAUCACCUCGUUUGAAACUGUUGAGGAUUUCUGGGCCCUCUAUAAUCACAUAGAGGUGGCCAGUAAGCUUCCUCUUGGAUGUGACUAUUCACUUUUCAAGUACGGCAUCAAGCCAAUGUGGGAAGACUGCCGCAACAAACAGGGAGGUCGUUGGCUCUUCAACUUGAACAAAAGCCAGAGGACAACGGACUUGGACAAUUACUGGCUGGAAAUCUUGCUGUGCCUGAUAGGAGAGGGCUUUGAUGAGUUCAGUGAUGACGUAAAUGGUGCGGUGGUCCAAAUUCGCCCAAAGCUCGACAAGAUUGCUGUCUGGACUGCUGAUGUGCGCCGAGCUGAUGGCAACAUUAAGAUUGGGAAGACAUUGAAGGAGAGGUUAAACAUGCACCCCCGAAACAUUGUUCCAUACCAGGCCCAUGCUGAUACUCAGUCAAAACAAGGUUCUACGGCAAGGGCUAGAUAUCAAGUUUAAAAGUAAUUUAGGAAAACAAAGAAAUGAGGCAAGGACCGACACGUACUCCUGGGAACCUGCAGAUGUGCCGCGCUAAAACAAAAUGACGCUGAAUUCGCAUCAUCUACUGGAACAUCAAGUAGCAAGACUGUAAUACCGGGUGAUCUGCAAGUUCAAGGAGUUGUUAUGUGUUUUUUUUUCUUUUUCUUGUGAGAGUUAAAAACAGAACUUGUGUGCGUCUUAUGUGUUGUCUGAAUAUCUUUUAGAAAUUCAUUUGGUUAACUUGUCAUUUGUGUUAAAUUAAAUAUAAAGAUUGUAUGCUCCGUUUCACUUGCACGAUGUGCAGAAGUGGAAUCUGUGUGCUUAUAAAAUGCAAGCCCAGUGGCAGCAAAGGGUGCAUGCCUUCAGAUGUGUGCUGCAGUGGUUUGCAGCAAAUUCAUUUUUACUUGCGUGUUGCAAUUCUGCAGCAGUACGUGCAGUUUGUGCUAUUUUGCAUUUGUAUGUUUCUUUUGUAGUUAUAUAAGGACAUCUUUUUUUCUUCUGGGUAUUUAAUAAAAUAUCUCUUAUUGUA